CUGCAUUCCUGAUGGGCCUCAUGUUACUACUCUCUCUCUCUCGUUGGCUCGUAAUUUUAGUGCUCGUGACCAAAGAAAUGCACGCAUGAGCAAUGAGUAAUGUUGACCUAGACACCCUCAAAAUCCAUUUUAUCCAUGUGAAUGUAUUCUGCCUGGAAUAACCCCCCAUUCGAUACAGUUCAACGCAGUCUCUUGUGAGCAUGCACCUUUGCAGUAGCUACGAGACUCCUCAAGCGUCAAGUCAACACCUUCAGUUCAAGCCUUGCAAUCAGUCAAUUGCCCCUGGAUGAGUGCUUACCCACGGUGUUUUCAGUCACUGCCCUAGCCUUGCCACCAUCUGCUUGAGAAUCGCAUCAACACACAAUUGGUGGUAUACUCAUGACCCGGCGCCAGCGAAAUCCGAAUCGGCACUGUCUCGAAGGGACCGAGUUCGAUAAACACAAGAGCCCGUUCUUCGCCCCUCAGCAGCGGCAUUUUACCAGCAAAUCGGAACAAGAGGUGCGAGACGACGGCACCGUCGCAGAGCGAUCGACAGAAUCAGCAGCCGAAUGUCAAGAGAUUUCGUCAAACCCAAUGACUCGCCUUGGUGUUUAUCAAGCGCUUCGAUCUGAAGGACAAGAUCCUUUCCUUGCUAGGGCGACAGUGGAACAAGGAAGCAAAUUAGAAUGCUCAGAGAUCAGUGUUGAAACGAAGCGCCUCCUCGACAACAAACAUCUCACUCGCGAUCGAAAGUCGCGCGCACUGCACUCGCCGACACGGCGCAGCUCGAAAUUGCCUCCGAGAUCGACUACGCCGAGCACGCCUGCGAAAACCAAACCUCACCGAGACGAACGAAAUAUAAAAGGCGUAUGUAUGUGGGGAGAAGACGGCUGGCAGGGAGUCAUUGCAAAAAUUGAUCCUAACGCUGAAGAAUCGAUCCUUGAUGACAGGACAGCGAGCGCGCUCGGAUUGACGCUGCAACCGAUGCCUCGACAAAAAGCCAAAAGAGUACUGCUAGCCAACUCGGAAGACUCUCACCCACAAUACUGGGCAAAAAGUGUUCGCUUGAAGGUUGCCGACUUUCCUUCUCUGUCAGUCGACAUCACCGUUGCACGCGUUAGCUGCGAGCCUGCGAACGUGGUCAUAGGUCGACACUUGUUGAAAUUGCUGGAAGAUACGGAGAACAGGAGCGCAACAGGUAGUCCACAACCGGCAAUCUGGGGGUCAAUUACCUCUCUGUCCUGAUGUCAAUACUUCCACUGACUCAAAAUGUAAUCUAGGAGAUGCUCUAUACCCCCUAGUAUCCGGUCCGACCAA